AUGCUUGCUAAUAUUAUUUUAAAUAUAAUUAAUGAUUAUAAAAAAGAUAUUCCUCUUAGCUAAUCAACUUAAAUCCCUUUGCUUUUGUAACACUAUGAUUAUUUUGAAUAUCAAAAAGAUUCUAGAAAUAUACUUAAGUAGUUAUGCUAAAAAGUUGAGUAUCAUUACUAGCCGAAAAAUUCUUUUUUAUUUCAUAAGGAUUAGUUUUCAGAUUAUCUUUAUAUUCUAUUAGAAGGCGAGGUUCUUAAAUUAGAGGAAAAAGAUGAGUAUGACAUAGCUAAAGAAAUAUAAUUGCUUAACUAUGAAAGAUAACUGCUAAACCAAAUCAAGCAACUAUAAAAUCAAUCUCAAGAUGCUUCAAAACUGAAAAUCUAAUAUAAUCAAUUAAAAUUAUAAAUCUAAUAAUAAUUACACAAAAACGAAACCUAUGAUAAAUUAAUUAGAGAGAAUUGUGGAUUAGCUUACAAAAAUGUGUAUUUUAAUUAGCAAAUAGAUCAAGAUGUAAAUUUAUUCAAGGUUACUGAGAAAAUAACAGUGGGAAACAUGCUUGGGCACAUUUCUUGUAUUGAUUCAUUUGAACAAAAGAGAAAAUUCUCUGUUUAUGCUAGUGAAGAAUGCAGAUUUAUUUGUGUAAAGCUUUCUUACAUAUAAUAGCUAUACUCUCAAAAAAUAUUUAUUAGAUCAUAUAUUUUUAAUUAUUUCAAAUGCUUAGAUAUUAAUUUAGCUUCUUUAGCUGAUUCUAAAUUUUUCAACUAAUACUUUGAAGAAUUAACGUUUAAUAAAUAUGAUGCUGUAAUAAAUUAAAAUGAAAAAAACGACAAUUGCUUUUAUAUUGUUCUUUAAGGUCAGUUUGUAUAUACCUAUAAGAUAAGCUAAGAUUUGAUAAGAGAAAAUUCAUUUACAGAUGAGAAAAAAGAGUUGAUUGAGCUUAACUAAGAUGAUUUGUUUGGUCACGAACAAAAAGUCAAUAACUCUUCAAGCAAAAAUAAAUCUCCUAACGUAAGAUAAUUUAGUGUAAUUUGCUCAUAGAAUAACAGCAAAGUUAUAAGAAUACAAAGUAUUUUACUUCAAUCUAGAAUCAACUAGGAAAGUUUCUAUUAAAUAAUUGAUUUAGGAAAAGAGCUCCAAUAAAACUUAGAGAAUUAGAUUGGCUAAAUCCCAAUUAUUCAAAAAAAUAAUAUUAUCUAACAAAAAAAUUAAAUACAAAUUAAUAAUUUUAUAAAUAAAUUGUAAGAGCAGUUAUCAUCAAAAUCAAAACCAUCUUUAAAUACUGAAGAAAGCGAAUUUUAAUCUCCCUCCAAAACAAACAUCUCUCCAAAAAAAAUAAAUGAUUCUCCCUUAAGAUUUAACACUAAAACAAAUAUUGUAUUUAGAUAGUCUUUUAAUAAAAUUUAAUUAAAUUAAUCUUAAAGACAAUCGCCAAUAAUUUUGAGAGAUUCCCCAAAAAUCAAAAUUGAAUAAAAAAUUAUGUUGAAUUUAAACAAAGAGCUAAAAACCAAAACUAUUAGUGUAAGUAAAAACCAUUUAGAUAAAUUAGAAAAUACUAACGAACCAUCUACAAGUAUAAAUUUAAAGAAAGUAAGAUAAAAUAGUUACUUAGACUUCUUUAUAAACAGAAAUGCUAAUAGCUGCAUUAACAAAUAAGUAAAAUUAGAGUAAAAUACCACUUCAACGAAUUAAUCACCUAUAAAUUCAUAACAAGAUGCCUAACAAGGAUUUUAAGAAGCUGUAAGUGAGUACUUUAAAAAUAAAAGUCCUUAAAAGUCAAUUAGCAUGCAAUCCUAUAUUCACUAGAAAGUCUAAUUAGCUUUAAAUUUACCAAUUAAACAAAGUAAUCCCAGACCAAAUGCUAAAAGAUCAGCUAGUAUGAUUCAAUUUCCUUCACUAAAUUAAGUUGGAUCAAAUGAAAUUAAAAAAGAUUAAAAAGUGGAUGUUGAAGAAAGCCAAAACAAUCAUUUUGAUAAAAACCAUUUAACAUUUUUAAAUAAAUAAAGUCCUUUUCUGUUUUAGUAAAUUAAAAAAAAAUAAGAUUUACAGAAGUAAAUUUAAUAAUUGAAGUUUUCAUUUAUUUCAGUUGAAGGUUAGAGAAAUUUGUAAAUUUAAUCACCAAUAAAAAAGAAAUUUCCUAUGAAAUAUAUAAAUCCUAUUGUCAAUUCAGAAAACACAAUAGGUAGUUCACCUUCUAUGAAAAUUUAAAAUAAAUCUUAAAUCUUUUCAAAAAGACCUUCGAUAGCACUUGAUUUUAAUAUUCUUAGAUAAUCCUAAAGAUUAUAAGAAAUAAAUUGA